GCUGCCCUUGAAUCAAACACAAACACAUACACACACACACACACGCACACAAAAAGAAGAAAAAAAAAGUGCUUCCAAGUCAAUUCACACUCUCCUCCUCCUCCUCUCAUAAACUAGAAACAGAUCCAAAAAGCGGCCGUAACCAGAGACACAGUACACUUUUUCUGUUCACAGACCAAUAUCAAUAUGGUGACAAAAACAGAGGAGACACAGUUGAAUAGGCUGGAGAGCCAAGUUGAGCAUGGAGGAGGAGGGGCUUGGGAGUAUCUUUCUUUGGUCAGGAAGCUCAAAGUUAGGCGUUCUGAUAAGGUCUUGAAGUAUGGUUUAUCGAUCUUGAAUGAUCCCAAAAAGCGAUCUGGUCUAGGCUCUGAAGAAUGGACUCUCUAUGAACAGGUGGCAAUUGCAGCUAUGGACUGUCAAUCUCUUGAUGUUGCAAAGGAUUGCAUUACUGUUUUGCAAAAGAGAUUUCCAGAAAGCAAGAGAGUUGGUAGGCUGGAGGGCAUGUUACUUGAAGCAAAGGGAUCUUGGGCAGAAGCAGAAAAGGCUUACGCGAGCCUGCUAGAGGAUAAUCAAUUGGAUCAGGUCAUAUUCAAGAGGAGGGUAGCUGUUGCAAAGGCACAGGGAAACGUGUCAGGAGCUAUUGAAUUGCUAAAUAAAUAUCUUGAAAUAUUUAUGGCAGAUUCUGAUGCCUGGAGAGAACUUGCUGAGAUGUAUGUUUCCCUACAGAUGUACAAGCAAGCAGCAUUCUGCUAUGAGGAAUUAAUAUUGUCUCAGCCUACGGUUCCACUAUAUCAUUUAGCCUAUGCUGAUGUGCUUUACACACUUGGCGGACUAGAAAACCUUCAAGCAGCUAAAAAAUAUUAUUCAUCCACAAUUGAUUUAACUGGAGGCAUGAACACCAGGGCAUUGUUUGGUGUUUGUUUGUGUACAUCGGCAAUUGCACAGCUUACAAAAGGGCGAAACAAGGAAGACAAGGAUAGCCCAGAGCUGCAAUCUUUGGCUACAGCAGCUUUGGAGAAAGAGUACAAGCAAAGAGCUUCUAACAAGCUUCCUGUGCUUGCUUCUGCAUUAAAAAGCUUGAAAAUUUCAUCAUAACUUCUUGCCAUCGAAUGAAGCUUUUCUAAUUGCCCCCCAUACUCCAGGACUGCAAGGGACCACAACAUAAACUUAGACCAAACUCCAGGAUUUUUACAGAUGUGUUGAGAUUUCAUAUAAUUUGAGUCCUGUACUUUUCUUUCAGUUUUCCCCUUUCCAGUUUUCAUUUGAGUCCAAAACAUGAGGAAAUGAUGUAUCAUUUAGAAUGCAUUUAGUAGACUAGGAUCAUUAUGACUUGUGAGAUAAUUUUUAUUUUUUCCCCCUCUUGCAUAAUUUAAAAUUUACUUAGUUUCCUCCAA